AUGUGUGGAGGUGCUAUUAUUUCAGACUUCAUUGGUGUCAAGCGUGACCGCAAACUCGCCGCGCAGCAACUAUGGUCCGAGCUUGACCCUUUCUCUGACUUCCUCGGCUUCGACUCCUCCGCCACCACUGCUACUUCCAAAAGCCAACCACCCCUCCCCGUAAUUUCAGACAAAAAAGUGGAAUCAUGUGAGAAGAAGAAAAGUGUGGGUGCAGGGAAGAAGAGUGAGCGUGCUCGCAAGAACGUGUACAGAGGAAUCAGGCAAAGGCCAUGGGGGAAAUGGGCCGCAGAAAUAAGGGACCCACACAAGGGUGUCCGCGUCUGGCUCGGCACCUUCCCCACCGCCGAGGAAGCCGCCAGAGCCUAUGACGCCGCCGCCAAACGCAUCCGCGGUGACAAGGCCAAACUCAACUUCCCCAGCGGCACUCCGCCACCCUCCAAGAAGCGCUGCCUCAGCCCCGACCUCCCCCAACAAAGCAGUUCAGCUUCCACCGGACCACUGCUUUCCGUGGCCGCCCACAGCAGCGACAGCAGCGUAGGAGAGGAACUCGAUCUGAAACAAAUUGAACUGUUUCUUGGCUUAGAGAAUGAGCAACCUCUGCCCAACGGUGUUGAAUGGGACAACGGUUACAUUAUGGAUGACUUAUGGAUGCUCGACGACGUCGUUGUGUCCGACCAUUCUAAUGUUCAUCCAUCACGAGCAGGGUUGGAAUUUUGUGCAUGGAGUGAAGAAUUAAAAAGGGAAAUGGCAGUUGACAAAUGA